CAUCAAACUGAGACGGAAGUAAGCUCCUCACGCGCUGGUGGAAAGCUCCAGAUAAACAUGGCGGCUUACACGAAGAUGAUCGGAGUUGCAGGACUACUCCAUAAACAUUCAGCCCACGUUGUCAAACUUAACCCGCCCGGGGUGUUCAGGUUCGGCUUUAGGCUGACCGACACACCGGGGCAAGGAAGGCUCUCGGUUCGGCUGUACAACAGCAGCGGGACCUCUCAAACGUCCAAUAUGGCAGCAGGCUGCUGGAGGACAGCUGCGCCUCGUCGUUGGAUGCGGGUCAGCAGUCAUCAUUCUGGUCUCCUCACAUGGACCUGCCACGCCUUUACCGUCCAGGACCGAGCUUUCGGGAACAGGGCCAGCGGUGCGGGCUUUUCCGGGGAGGAUGGCGGGGAAAGCGGCGGUUCUGGUGGAGAGGAGUCCGGCGGUGACGACGGAGCAGCGUACGCUGGACCGCAGAUGACGGCUCUGACCCCGAUGAUGGUGCCAGAGGUGUUCCCCAAUGUGCCGCUGAUCGCCGUGAGCAGAAACCCGGUCUUCCCUCGCUUCAUCAAAAUCAUAGAGGUAAAAAACAAAGAGCUGGUGGAGCUGCUGAGGAGGAAAGUCCGCCUGGCGCAGCCCUACGCCGGGGUCUUCCUCAAGAAAGAUGACACAAACGAGUCAGAUGUGGUGGAGUCGCUGGACGCCGUUUACGCCACAGGGACCUUUGUUCAGAUCCAUGAGAUGCAGGACCUGGGAGACAAGCUGAGGAUGAUCGUCAUGGGACACCGCAGGGUCCGGAUCACGAGGCGCCUGGAGGUGGAGCCUGAGGAAGCAGCCGUGCCCUCCACGCUCUCUGAGUCCGCGUCUGAGCCACAACCCAAACCUAUGGUGAGACGCAAAGCCAAACGUAGCCGACGGGACCAAGCGGGGACGCUCGGUGAACAGAUGGAGGACAAAAUUGCAGAAGCGGACCUGGUACCAGAACUUGAGCCUCUUCCCUCCUCCAACAUCCUGAUGGUGGAAGUGGACAACGUCCAGCACGAGCACUUCACCGUCACAGAGGAAGUCAAGGCCUUGACAGCUGAGAUCGUCAAGACCAUCCGGGACAUCAUUGCUCUCAACCCACUCUACAGGGAGUCUGUGCUUCAGAUGAUGCAAGCUGGCCAGCGUGUGGUCGACAACCCCAUCUACCUGAGCGACAUGGGGGCUGCUCUGACGGGGGCAGAGUCACAUGAGCUGCAGGACGUCCUGGAGGAGACCAGUAUCCCCAAACGUCUUUACAAGGCUCUGUCACUGCUCAAGAAGGAGUUUGAGCUCAGCAAGCUGCAGCAGCGUCUGGGCCGGGAGGUGGAGGAGAAAAUCAAGCAGACACACAGGAAGUACCUGCUGCAAGAGCAACUCAAGAUCAUCAAGAAGGAGUUGGGUCUGGAGAAGGAGGACAAGGAGGCCAUUGAGGAAAAGUUCAGAGAGAGACUCAAAGACAGGACGGUCCCUCAGCACAUAAUGGACGUCAUUAAUGAAGAACUCAACAAGCUGUCCCUGCUGGACAACCACUCCUCUGAGUUCAACGUCACUCGCAACUACCUAGACUGGCUGACCAGCAUGCCCUGGGGCACCAACAGUGAGGAGAACCUGGCACUGGAUAGAGCCAAGGAGGUUCUAGAGGAAGAUCAUUAUGGGAUGGAUGAUGUUAAGAAGCGCAUACUGGAGUUCAUAGCUGUCAGUCAGCUGCGAGGCUCCACCCAGGGCAAGAUCUUGUGCUUCUACGGUCCCCCCGGGGUGGGCAAGACCUCCAUCGCUCGCUCCAUCGCGCGAGCCCUCAAUAGAGAGUACUUCAGAUUCAGUGUGGGUGGGAUGACGGAUGUGGCUGAGAUUAAAGGACACAGGAGAACGUAUGUUGGUGCCAUGCCCGGGAAAAUUAUCCAGUGCCUCAAGAAAACCAAGACAGAGAACCCUCUGGUUCUGAUAGAUGAGGUGGAUAAGAUAGGCCGAGGAUAUCAAGGAGAUCCGUCAUCAGCUCUGUUGGAACUUCUAGACCCGGAGCAGAAUGCCAAUUUCCUGGACCACUACUUGGAUGUUCCUGUAGACCUUUCCAAGGUUCUGUUUAUCUGCACGGCCAACGUGACCGACACCAUACCGGAGCCGCUCCGAGACCGCAUGGAGAUGAUUAACGUAUCGGGAUACGUGGCGCAGGAGAAACUGGCCAUCGCUCAGCGCUACCUGGUCCCUCAGCUGCGCUCGCUGUGCGGCCUCAGCGAGGAGAAGGCUUCCAUCUCAUCCGAAGCACUCAGUCUGCUCAUCAGACAGUAUUGCAGAGAGUCUGGAGUCAGAAACCUGCAGAAGCAAGUGGAAAAGGUUUUCCGCAAGGUGGCAUUCUCCAUUGUGAGCGGACAGCAGAAUGCCGUUACCGUUUCCCCCGACAACUUGCAGGAGUACGUGGGUAAACCUCUCUUCACCGUGGACAGGAUGUAUGACGUCACGCCGCCAGGUGUGGUCAUGGGCCUGGCGUGGACGGCCAUGGGAGGGUCAACACUGUUCAUCGAGACUUCACUGCGUCGUCCUACUGGAAAAGGGGAUACCAAAGGGGAGGGGUCGCUGGAAGUCACGGGUCAGUUAGGUGAUGUCAUGAAGGAAAGCGCCAAAAUCGCAUCCACCUUCGCCAGAGCAUUCCUAAUGCAACAAGAUCCCGACAACGACUUCCUGGUCAACUCUCAUCUGCACCUGCAUGUUCCUGAGGGCGCUACCCCCAAGGAUGGCCCGAGCGCUGGCUGCACCAUCGUCACAGCACUGUUGUCCUUGGCAACUGGCCAGCCCGUGCGCCCAAAUGUAGCCAUGACCGGGGAGGUGUCGCUGACUGGGAAAAUCCUCCCUGUGGGAGGAAUCAAGGAGAAAACCAUCGCUGCCCGUCGUGCUGGAGUGACAUGUAUCAUCCUGCCCGCAGAGAAUAGAAAGGACUUCUCAGACCUGCCGGACUACAUCACUGAGGGCCUGGAGGUCCACUUUGUGGACCACUACCGCCAUAUCUACCCUGUGGUCUUCUCACACAGUCAGUCCUAAUACCCACAGCAGGACGUACGGCGUCUCCUGGGGCUGUAGAGUGAAAAGUCCAGGCCGUAGCUUCUGACUGCAUUGGCAGACUUCCACAGGAACAUCGCGGUCAGAGGUGACACCCUCUCGCUGACCUGGGACCAGUCAAUAAAAAGUUGUCACGAGAACAGGAAGUGAUGUCACUGGCAGCCACUUUGCUGCCAGACAUCUUGGUCAGCCACAGCUCCCAUGGUCCACUGCUGUGAACAGACUCUUUCAUAGAUUAAUAUUCUUUUAUAUUAUUGACAGUAUAUGUUAAAAUAAAUUGAUUUAUGCUGAAAAUGUCACUAUCUAUUCUAUGAGCAGGUUUACACAGAACAGUGAUUGCCUUUGAAUAUGACUGCAAUGCUUUGUGGGAGCUCACUGGAAAAUUGCAGGGACUACAUUUUUGAUAAAGCAUACCGUAUGUUCCGACUUUCAAAUUACAAUCUUACCUCAUUCAUAGAAUGGAGGAUGUUACCAUGGAAGCACACAGUGGUGACCCAGCAUCAGGACCAACCUGCAACAUCGCUGGUCACUCUAUUAAAUACACCAUCUAAUGGGAAGUCAAUCCUCACUUAGCUUGUGUAAAGUCCAGGGAAAACAAAGAAUAACUAAUAAUAAUC